CCCAUACAGAGUGUGUGUGUGUGCGUAUGUGUGUAUGUAUGAGAGAGAGACACAGUGACGGGGGGUGAGACAGAGAAAAGAGGCAGGCUACAUAUCUGAUCCACGCAUAGAGCUUCCUUUCACAAAAAAACACUCCUCCACUGAAGAUGGAACAACUGGAUCGCAACGCGCCCCCGUACCCAUGAGCAAUUAAGAGGUGAACGAGCAGUUAUUGUCUUUUGAGGAUCCGGACACGCGCUGAACUGUCAUCUCUACACAAAUUUAGAUUUUCAGUCCAUUUUCUUUUUUCUUUUCUUUUUUUUUUGCCGUUUCUGUGGAUUAUAUGAAAGCUGGCUGGAUCCUGGGGACGGAGUGCGUCAAGUGAGCGCACGUAUCCAACAAGUGGAUGCAUGAAUUUGCUCGCAACAGACAAACCCUGGGACCAAAAAAUACAAACUGCCAGUGGAUUGAUAACCUACAGUAUCGAUCGAUCGGUUUAGAGCAGAGACAAAUAGCCUGCACUCAUUCGCACUGCCUCACAUGUGGAGCUUGUCUGGGUUCCUGGUUCUGGUGAUGUAUAUAUGUGCGCAUUGUCUCAUUCUGAGGUAGUUUUCUCUCUAGAGACUUUGUCCUUUAUGGUUUUCCUAGCAAAUACUAAAACUGCAAUGAGGUAAGACAACCCCCCUACAUAUUUUUUUGCUGCUCUUCAUUCAUUGACAUAAAAUCAAGAUUUAGGCGGACACGCUGCGGAAACCGUUUGCCACCUCAACCCUCUCUCCCACAUCCAUGGACUUGCUUCCCUCGUUCCCUCGGUGACCGUGAGGGGGGAAGUUGGGCUCCUCUCUGUAGACAUUCCUGUAUGAAGAGGGCGCAGGUGGCAGCCAAAGGUCGCAGUCAUGCCGAUGCAUCCAGUCACAUCCACGUUGAUGUACCGGGGGAUCUGCACCAUCCCUGACAUCCUCUCCUACAGCGCCCCGGUGAACCUGCCCGAAGACGAAGUUGAAGAAAUCCGCGAGGCCUUCAAAGUGUUCGACCGUGAUGGGAAUGGAUUCAUCUCGAAGCAGGAGCUGGGAAUGGCCAUGCGCUCCCUGGGCUACAUGCCAAACGAGGUGGAGCUGGAAGUCAUCAUCCAGAGACUGGACAUGGACGGCGACGGACAGGUGGACUUCGAGGAGUUUGUCACUCUUCUGGGCCCAAAGCUGACAGCAGCUGGGAUGCCAGAUAAGUUCAACGGCACUGACUUUGACUCCGUUUUCUGGAAGUGUGACAUGCAGAAGUUGACGGUGGAGGAGCUCAAGAGGCUUCUGUACGACACCUUCUGCGAUCACCUUUCAAUGAAAGACAUCGAGAACAUCAUCAUGACUGAGGAGAACCACAUAGAGAACCCUGAGGACUGCCAGGUGGAUAUAGACAGUUCCAGCCCGACGCAGCAAGUCAAGCAGACUUGUGUGCGCAAGAGCCUGAUAUGCGCCUUCGCCAUUGCUUUCAUCAUCAGCGUCAUGCUCAUCGCAGCCAAUCAGGUGCUGCGGAGCGGCAUGAAAUAAGAGCUAUGGCAUUUUCAGCCUUGACCACCACCUAAAGGCUGCCUCACAGAUAAAUGACUGAGAGAUGAAGCUUAAAAACAAAAAAAACAAAAAAAGAAGAGAAGAAGAAAAAAAAGAAUACAACAGACAAUCACACAUCAAACAUAUGACAGCAGUAUAACUGGAGUCACAAAGGACACUACAUGUGCAGGAAUUUGUCUUGGUGACAGACACAUGCUGACAGCUUUCAGAAUACCAAGGACAACAGGACCUCACACACACGAAGAGACUGCGGUGUGUUUAAAGUGGACAGCUGACUAUACAUAUCACUCUUCGUAAUACAAUACAUUUAAUUUUCAUUAGCUAUGUGCAUUUGAGCAGUGUUGCAUUCAGUCUGGUGGCAGCUAUAGAGAGAAGUGUAGUGACUGUCCAGUUUUGUAUUGUCCAGUGUACCAUGCGGUUUAUUAUAAACGAGUAGAAAGAAAUAUCUGUUGAAAUAUCGAGGGGGGCAUUGGAGAAAAUAUAUUCCUGAGGCUAGAAAGUGUUUUGUGCAAGGUCUGGAGUGAACAGUGUUGUGGUGAUAAUGGUAUGUGGUGCAACAUUGUUCAAAACCACUUGGGAAUAAGAAUAGCCUGGUAAGAAACAGAUAAUAGGCAUAGUUUCAUUCACAAGCUGCAGGGGUUCAGUCUGAGCAGGAUGGAGCAGGGUGAAGCAGGUUAACAGCUCUUGGGAGGAAGGGUGUUCGGGUCUGAAUGGACAGGUAACUGGCUGGAAAGUGGCUGGACGUGCAGCAGACACUCAACUCUCUCUGUCUCCACAGCGGGGCUUUGCAGGCCUCAGAGGAUGACCAUCAUCUAUGCAUGAAGUGCAUGGAUUUAAACAAGUCGUCUUGACACAUUUGUAAAAGUUCUUAUCAAUGUAUUAAUCAUUAUGACUGUGUAAACAAAGCUGUUUUCAAUUACUUAAUGACAACUGUGAGCAAUUGUUUGUGGUGCGGGUUUUCAGCAAUCACAACACAAGUAAAAGCAUACAACUUGCAUGAAAAAGAAGGGCUGCUUUAGUACAUGCUCGUAAAAAUUAUUUUCGGGGAUUGCUAAGCUAUGGAUCUUUCGCCUCGCCGGAGCGUCUGAUGAUCAUCUCUCACUGCCACUGACGAGCCAAACAACUUCAAGUCAACCAUUUAAACAAUAUGCAUCAAAACUGAUCUAGCUGGUCGUGGGGAUACAAAUGUGCAGGAAAUUAUUAUUUUUUUUAUUAUUUUUUUUUUUUUUAGAUUUUUGUCUGGAUGUGUUGCUAUAGAGCAAUAACUAUAUGUAAAAAUAUACAUCUCACAAUGCUUUGAACAGACAGGAAUCUUUAGAAACAUGAGCACCAAUGGACCUACUAUCUGUUGAGGUCAGAAGAUUUUCUAAUCGCACUUUUCAAAAAUUUAGAUUUUGGCAAUUCAACAGAGACAGUGGCUCUCAUGUUCAAACAGGGAGAUACAGAGAUCAGACAGAUGAGCAGAAACCUGUGUCAGAAGCUGCCCAGCGUAUUGAAGCCGGACAGUGGCCAAAUGGUGUAACCUGUUGCAAUAAAACAUUCAUAUAUCUGUGAAGCACCACAUGAAUUUGAUUGAGUGUAGUUUAGAUUAUUGUGCAUGCAUCUGGGUCAGGUCUGUCACUAAAUGUGUAUUGUACAUAUAAAUCCAACUUCAACCAAAGCUUUGAGGAAUCUGUGACAUCACAACUUGGCUACAAAACAAGAGCAAGCUUACUAACAGCUGGUAAAAUUAACAUUUAAAAUUAUUGAGAAACUCUAAAUCCCACAGAAGUCACUUGCACUUGCUAUUUUCUGAUCAGUAGACCUUCAUCAGGAAAGAUUUCAUCUCACCUGGAAGCAAGUGAAAAAAACAACUUCAGGGCAAAGACGUGUUUGGAAAGUCAAAAGAACAGAAGCCCUUCAAAAUGCCCUCAAAAACAAGACACUGCAAUAUCGAGAUGUGAACAAUUCACAUCUUAUGAAUUUCCCCCCUUUUAGGAUUGCUAUUGGCAGCUCCCCAAACUUGGAUCUCACACAAGAGCCAGGAGCUCACAGAGGCAACAAAAUUAGACUACCCUAUCGCCCGGAGCCAGGCUGGAUAAUGAUUAUCUGAUGCACACGGGCAAUUUGUCAAAAAGUGUCAAGUCUGUGGGGAAAACACUGAAAAAAAAGUAGAAAAAACAAAACAAAAAAACAAAUACCUUUGUUUCCAUUUUGCACUUUAAGACGUGCUGCAGCGCACAACGACAGCAACUCACCGCCAUGAUUGUUCAUCCAUUUCCUGAUAUAGUUUAGGCAUAAAUAAUUACUUUACCAUAGAUUUAUCUAUUUUUGUGAUAAGAAUGUGAUGGAACAGAAUAUUAAGUGACUGACAAAUGAUACUGUCUCAUUCAUUUUCUAUUAAAUCAGAGAGGGGGACAUUUUCAUGGUGAAUAAAGUUAUAAUAAUAAUAAUAAUAAUAAUAAUAAUAAUAAUAAUAAUAAUAAUAAUAAUAAUAACAAUAUGAUUUGUUGCCUUAUUCUUUGAAACACUUUGGCAUUGUGCAUUGACAUAAAAAUACACUAAUCAUGGGUUUAUUAUUCAUCACCAGAGCAGAAUAUGAAAACCAAUAUUUAUUUUCUUUUUACAGAUGAAAAAAAACAACAACAAAAAAAAACUGUAUGAACUUGUUGAUAGUCUACUGAAUGUUAUAUUUCCAUUGAACUGUACUUUGAUACUUGUCUUUAGAUCUUGCAAAAAUGUUUGACCAUGUGAUUAUCUGUUCAUUGCCUCCACCUGAUGUUCUUCUUCUAUGUCUGUGGAAUGGUAUUUCACAUGAAUUAAAAAAAAAAAAAAAAAAAAAAAAAUCAUAUACCAACCAUU